GAAGCAUGGCUGUAAUAGCAAUGGUGGGUGUGGAAGGGGAUGUUUUAGUAGGUUACAAUAGGCUGUAUUGUGUGCUCUGUGGUCUUUGAUUUGAAAAUGUUUUUGUCAGGAUGGGCAGCAUUGAUUUUUCCUCCUCGUCCCUGUCUUUCUCUUUGCUGUAUUUCCUGGCCAGGACAGGACAGGAUGUUGCUGGGGUAGAUUGUCUGAGGCUGUCCAGACAGGUUAGAUGAGGAGGCCAGUAAAGCCAUUUCACUGCACUACUGCCUGUGUCUGCAGAUUUGCUAUGUUUCUGGCUGUCAUUUCAUCCUUAUUUAGUGAAGGAGGAGGAGGGAUGUGGGGGUUGGUGAUGAAAACCACUGAAAUGGAAGCAGUAUUUUUGUUUUCAGUGAAUGGCUGUCUUUUUUUUCCUCCAUACAAUUCAGCUGAUGCUUUGCUCAGGAGUAAGUCAGAUUAAAAUUGACAAAUUGAAGCCACCUGAACAGUCAGGCCGGUGCAUCUGCUGUGGCGUCAGAGAAAAUGGCAACAGUAAUAGGAACGACAGCAGGGUGCCUGCAAACCAAGGUGAAUCAUGUUGAACUGAUACUGAGAAAAACCUGUUGGGCAGAUUUUAAAUAAAGGAUGGUUAGCUUGCAUUUUCUCAGCAGAACUGAGGCUGUGCACGACAUGUUGUCUAUUAUUAGGUCACUUCAUCAAUGAAUAUUACUUGAGUGUUUUAAAACAGCAGGAUAGUGUCUAUGUACUUGCUUUUCACUUGUUGGAUGUCAGGAGGUUCAGACACUGUAGAUUGUACUGUUCUGUGUUUUUGUGUUUACUAUUUAUAGACCUGUGGCCAGUGGAGAAAGGUGCUUGUUAUUUAUAAUUGGACAGCACUACAUAUUAAGCUGACAUUGCUCCAGUAUUGCUUAACUUUUACUUUAAUUGAAUAUAGAUAUUUUUUUCAUUUAGAAGCUGUGCAUGUGUUGUCUGUUGAUAUAUGGUCUGUGUGAUGUAAUUGCUCCAUUAUCAGUGUGUUCAGUCAUGACCUGUCUCAAAAGUUGCAAGACAAUACAUUUUGUUAAAAAGUCUACACUGUACCUGAAUCUUAAACAAUGGCUGUUCGUUUUCAUAGAGCAUAGUCCUACAUUCAUUUAUUUUGUAUUAAUUCUUUUGAUGUGCUCAUUGAAAUCAUACAUUUCAACACAGUGGCAAACAGAUGUUUCUGUCAACUGCACACUGUUGGAAUCAGAAUUUACAAAUACAUUCAGUUUUUCACCAUCCUAGACAGGAGGAAAUAUUUCAUGGAAUGAAUGGUUGGGGAAAAACAAAACAACCAUGCACAGACACAAUUAAGCAAUAUGUGACUGGUGAUAAUUUCCUGUCUUAAUCAUUCAUCACAUUCUUAGCCUUUAAGACUGUUGUUAGCACAGCGCUUCGGUAGAAAUGGGAAUUUGAAGAUGUGUUUUAAUACAAUUUUUUUUACAGAAGAGUUAUUAUGUUUGUGUUCCCAGCUGGGCACCAAUCAGAAUUCUAUUAGUGACAAGAGAGAGCCUGUUUGCAAAACUGGCCUGUCUUGUGUAGAACAACAUCAUUGUAGUAGGAUUAGGGGAAUGUGUUAAGAGGUAGGUGAGACUGUUUAAUAUCAAACUUCUGCAGGAGUAUAUCACAAACAAAUCAUUGAAAUACUCACUGUUGCAUAGACUGUGUAUAGUGCAUGUCUUUUUGUGGGUGGCUGUUUUCUGCCUUCAUCAGACAGAGUAGCAUAGAGAGCAUAGUACAAACGAGGGGCCAACAUUUUAAACCCUUUGGCCACACAGUUGUCCCAACUGUUGUACUUCUAAAGAACAUGUUGUUCUAAGAAACAAUUUCAAAUGACUUAAAAACUAAAUGAUAAUAGCAUAAAUGAUAGAUAUGAGGAGAUCUUCAUCUGUAGGGUAUGUCUGACUGGAAAACUUUUGAGGAUGAUCUUUUCUGCAUCAGUGUGGCAGAAGAAGAGGGAAAAGAGACUGCAGCAGAAGGAAUGGAGAUCUCGACACGAUCCAAAGUUUCAGACACAGGGUCAGCAGAGCGUACGGCCCAAAAACGAAAGAUGCCGAGUCCCACUCACUCAUCCAAUGGUCAUUCCUCUGCUGAAACCUCCCCCUGCCCAGUGAAAAAGAAGAAGAAACCAGGUGCUGUUAGCAGCAGCAAAGACCAGUCAGAACUAAGACAUGGUCCCUUUUACUAUGUGAAGCAGCCAGCACUCACCACAGACCCUGUUGAUGUUGUACCGCAGGACGGCAGGAAUGACUUCUACUGCUGGCUGUGCCACCGCGAGGGCCAGGUGCUCUGCUGUGAGCUCUGCCCCAGGGUGUACCAUGCCAAGUGCCUCAAACUACCAGCCGAGCCCGAGGGCGACUGGUUCUGUCCGGAGUGUGAGAAAAUAACAGUUGCCGAGUGCAUAGAGACUCAGAGCAAAGCCAUGAUGAUGCUAACUAUAGACCAGCUGUCUUACCUACUAAAGUUUGCUCUUCAGAAGAUGAAACAACCAGGUACUGAACCCUUCCAGAAACCUGUCUCUCUUGAACAGCAUCCAGAUUAUGCAGAGUACAUUUUUCAUCCUAUGGAUCUUUGCACUCUUGAGAAGAAUAUCAAAAAGAAAAUGUAUGGCUGCACAGAAGCCUUCUUGGCAGAUGCAAAAUGGAUUUUGCACAACUGUAUUAUAUACAAUGGAGGCAAUCACAAACUCACAGCUACAGCUAAAGUGAUAGUAAAAAUCUGUGAACAUGAGAUGAACGAGAUUGAAGUUUGUCCCGAGUGUUAUCUGUCUGCUUGCCAAAAGAGAGACAACUGGUUUUGUGAGCCUUGUAGUAACCCACACCCUCUAGUGUGGGCCAAACUGAAAGGAUUUCCAUUCUGGCCUGCUAAAGCUCUGCGCGACAAAGACGGACAGGUGGACGCUCGUUUUUUUGGUCAGCAUGACAGGGCAUGGGUUCCUUUAAACAACUGCUACCUCAUGUCCAAAGAGAUUCCAUUCUCUGUAAAGAAGACCAAAAGCAUCUUCAACAGUGCCAUGCAAGAGAUGGAGGUCUAUGUGGAAAACAUGAGGAAGAAGUUUGGAGUGUUUAACUAUGCCCCCUUCAGGACACCUUACACUCCUGACAACAACUUCCAGAUGCUGCUAGAUCCCUCCAACCCUUCGUCCACGCCAGUCAAAUCUGAGAAGCAGGAGAAGAUCAAGCUCAGCUUUGAUAUGACGGCAUCCCCCAAGAUCCCUUUGGCCAGGACCAUGUUGUCUGGGGCUGGGGUGGGAGGGGGCACAGUUGGGCGGCGCCUCCCUCUCACUGACAUGCCGCGCUCCCCCAUGAGCACCAACUCCUCAGCCCACACUGGUUCAGAUGGGGAGCAGGAGACAGCGGACAAGUCACAGGCAAAAGCUGCAAAUAGCCAGUACAGUGCAGGAGAGGAGUCCAUGGACUGUACAGCAUCACCUGCACAUCCUCGACCCGGUCCUGCAGGCAGUUCAUUGGACAGUCCUAAACCAUUCCACUCUCAAGCUCCUGGUGUCUCCAAGCAGGAGAAGACACCACAGACAGGAAGCAUUCUGAACCUCAAUCUAGAUCGGAGCAAAGCAGAAAUGGACCUAAAAGAGCUUAGUGAAACAGUUCAGCAAAAGCAAGGAACCACACCAGUCCUCACAUCUCCAAAAAGACAGAUUAAGAGCCGCUUCCAGCUGAACCUGGACAAAACCAUUGAGAGCUGCAAGGCACAGCUGGGUAUCGAUGAGAUCUCUGUGGAUGUGUAUAAAGGUGUGGAACACAGUGACUCAGAAGACUCUGAUAAAUCUGACUCAAGUGACAGUGAGUAUGGUAGUGACGACGAGCAAAAGACCAAGGAUGGCCAGGAUGCAGCACCCAAUGAUGAAGCCCAGAAGGACCCUACCAAAAGUAAAGUCAAAGACCAGUCUUCCCCGAGCCAAGAUAAGGAGGGCAAAGCUGAUACACUUGUGGCUUCCGAGUCUGCAGCAGGCGACGCCACUGCAACAGCAUCAGAUUCUCCAACUAAAGAGAAAAUAAGCUCAGAUUCAGAAAAAGAGAGCCCAGAGAAGCCCAAAGCACCCCCAGCAUCACCGGGUCCCAGAGAUAAGCUCAGUUGAAAAGAGGAGACAAAGCAGCCCGUGCCAGUGGAGGACUCUGACUCAGAGAGGGAGCUGGUUAUUGACCUUGGAGAGGAACAGGGAGGCAAAGACAGGAAGAGGAGCAGGAAGGACCCCACCACAGCUAAAGAGUCACCUGCUGGUAAACCUGAAGGUAAAGCCCUGACCCCAUCAACUGUUCCGUCUCAAAACAGUGCAGCUCUUUCCACACCCUCCAGUGUUUCCACACAGUCCCCAAUGGCCAUUCCUGUCACCAUGGUCUCCUUCACUACCCCCUCCCCUGCAACCAUAAGCCUUGCAACCGUGUCCAGUGCCACAGCAACACCACCUUCUUCCUCCUCUUCCUCCUCCUCCUCCUCCUCAGCCUCCACCACUCCAGCUUUGAAGAAACAGCGCCCUCUGCUGCCCAGAGAGACAGUGCCAGUGGUGCAGAGAGCUGUGGUGUGGAAUCCCACUGCCAAGUUUCAAACCUCUUCGCAGAAGUGGCACAUGCAGAAGGUGCAGCGUCAGCAACAGAACCAGCAAACUGUGGCAACCACCCAAAUUCAGGCGUCGUCACCCAGGCAAGGCCAGGCUCAAGUACUGACCCAGACACAGGCUGGGAACAUUUCGACAACAGUAUCCUCAUCUUCAGUGCAGCAGUCUUCACAAAGCACACGCUAUCAGACAAGACAGGCUGUCAAAGCUGUUCAACAAAAAGACACUCCACUCAGCACAUCCACCUCCGCUGUCACCCUGGUAUCCAGUAGUCCAGCUAAUGUUGCCAUUAUGGCAGCAUCAAGUCUAGGCACAGCUGCGUCAUCUUCACCAGUGGCAACAGACCUCUAUAUUCCCACUGCGUCAGCAGAUGUGGCUGCAGACAUUGCCAAGUACACAAAUAAAAUAAUGGAUGCAAUCAAAGGUACAAUGACUGAAAUUUACAAUGACCUUUCUAAGAGUACUUCAGGGAAUACAAUAGCAGAGAUAAGACGACUGAGAAUUGAAAUAGAAAAAUUACAGUGGCUGCAUCAGCAAGAGUUGUCAGAAAUGAAGCACAAUCUUGAGCUGACGAUGGCCGAGAUGAGGCAAAGUCUGGAGCAGGAGAGAGAGAGGUUGGUGACUGAAGUGAAGAAACAGAUGGAGCUGGAGAAGCAGCAAGCAGUGGAUGAGACAAAGAAGAAACAGUGGUGUGCCAACUGCAGGAAAGAGGCCAUCUUCUAUUGUUGCUGGAACACCAGCUACUGUGAUUACCCCUGCCAGCAAGCCCACUGGCCAGAGCACAUGAAGUCCUGCACUCAGUCAGCCACAGCCCCACAGCAAGAACCUGAGGCUGAGUCGACAGCAGACCUCCCAAACAAAGGGUUAGGACAGACUAGCAGUGGCCCUAACUCUCUCAGAGACACGCCAGUCUCUGCACCAUCAGACAAAGACUGUGACAUGGAGAAGAGUGGUGACAGUGUUGCUGUCACUUUGUCAUAACCCAACUUACCAUACUUGAAAAUGUAAAUGUAUAGAUUCUUUUUUCACUACAAGGAUGUGUACAUGUAAAUUGUUCUGUUCAAGCAGUUGUUAAGGGAGCAAUCCAAAUUAUUUUUAUUUAUAUAUUUUUGUUUGCCUUUCAGGGCUCACACACUGCCCCCAGCACACAGUGGUCUUUGAAACAUUAUAAAUGUAGAAGACUGGCAGCAGAUAGUUAGUAACCACUAGAGGGGGCAGUUUAAAAAAAUGUAUACUGCAUAUUCAUGCACUUUGUUGCAGUCUGUAGAGAGCUGUCAGUAUAAAGAUCUUAAGAGCAUGCCUGAGUGUCAAAAAACAUACACAUAGUGUAAAGGACAACAGUAUAACAGUUUCAACAACUGCAAAAAUGUAACCCAUGUUAAUGAACCACCUCAGUUUUAGAUUAGAAGACUGUUGACAGAAAUGUCUGUAAAUUACUUAUUUUGUAUUCUAUGUUAAUUUAUUUGUUAUUCUAAUGUUGCCUGCUGUAUACUGCAAAGCAAAUAACAAAUACAAACAUUUUAAAUGA